AUGACAUCUCAAGACUCUCAAGUGUUUUCUCGCGAAAUCACACUCUUAAUCGAAAAAGAAUUUGAGGCCGAAAUCACUCUCUUAUUCGAAAAGAGUCUUUCAAUUUCGCCAAAAGAGUUCAAGGCGGAUGAGUUGGCUCAAAACUUUCAUCAUAAAAUCACCACUAUGCCUAAUGUUAAUGAUAUAUAUAAACUUGUCAUUAAGCUCAAAGUCGAAAAAUGUGGAAGUUUUAAUGAUUUGGUCGUAGAUCGAUUUGGCGACCUUUUAUGGUAUACUGUCUCUGAAACGGAAAGAAAUAAAAUUGAAGAAGAAUAUGAAGUUCUUAGAAAGGAUAUAAUUAAAGAAUUGACUCUAGCUCCACCACAGCCAACCAUUUCAACUACAGUCACAACCAACGAACAAUCAUUUAAUGAAAUCUUUUACAUGGGCAUUGUCGAUUAUAUGCCACCGAAAAAUUUUAAUAAUCCGAUUCCAGAUUCUAUGGAUUUUAUUCAAGGAAUCACAACUUCGCCCCAAACGAAUUGA